UGAACACAAUUUCGAAACUAUUAUUUCAAAUCAUUUUGCAUCCAUCAAUUCUUACGAAUCUUUUGCGCUGCGGAUAAAAUGCAAUAUAUGCGUGCGCACCAUGCACUGGUAAUUCGAUCGAUGUCGCGUUCAUCGUAAACCUUGGUAUUUAUUUAACUUCUACUAUAAAACUGUUCAGCUUUCGAUCUUUUCGCAACAAUAUUUCAAGUACAAUUAUAUAGGACAGGAAUCAGCGUGUCUGGUUGCAACAGGGGUGAUCGCAUGCAUGUAUGUAUAGGUGAUGCAUGUAAUAUCUUUAAGCACUUGGAGGUUAAAUAUGCGUGCACAUGCUUGUCUUUAUAUCCGUUUUACAAUGUACAUCACUACUUGUAGUCCUUGUGCCGUAGUCAGGUUUCUGUCUUACACAAACGGUGGCAAAAUAUCACGCCAUCCUGUGGCCUCGUUUCUCGACGGAGGAGAUAUGCGUCGUUAGUUCCGCACGCAGGUCAUUUUAGUACAGACUGCACGGCAGGUCCUGAAGAAUCUCUUACAAGAAAAAUCUCUUUUAAACAUGACCCAAAUGCGUCAUACCGGCGUAAAUGCACAAGAAUUUUCAUUCAAAUUCCCAUCAUUAAUUGUAUUGAUCGAAAUAACGUUCACUAUGACGAUUUGUGGCCCUAUUUCCUAUUCUUCAGAUUUCCGUGCAUGGUCACGAUUUUUGUCGCGCCAUUUCCCACUUAAAAUUUCGUUAAAAAUGUUGUUUCGUUGCAAACUUGUAAACCAUGUCUGAGAGGAAUUGAAGAAAUUCAGCAAAUCUAUUUUGAUGAAAAAGACAUGCACCUUUAAUCUGUGUCUUAAUUAUACUUAGUCUCCUAAGACGUUCAUAGCAAUUUUUUGAAGCGGUAAGGUGCAGACUUUACCCAUCUGUCACAGAGACUUUGAUAGGGUAGAUAACGGGCCUUAAGGUCAAAAGAAUCUCCGUUUUUUUUUUUUUCAAUGUUAUUAAGUGUUGCCCAUGUCCCCCGCCAAUUAGUCUUCUAUGUGAAAAUCCAAUAUAUAUUUGUUUAUCUACAUGUUGAUGGCAUAUUAUAUGUGGUAUAUAUUUAUGUAUAACCUUACAAUUCAUUUCAUCCCAUAUUCCCGCCUUUUAACUACAGUCGUUGUAUAUUUCAGAACGUGUUUAUAUUAUAUUCUAUAGAAUUUGGUCAUGCAGUUUUAAUAUAUCGUAUUUUAGACUUCCUUUAUAGCAAUAACCACCAUAUUCAAUAUUAGAAAUGUGUGAAUACAAGUGUUUUUCGUGUAUUUCUGACGUUCUAGCAGGCUCGUGCGCAGACACUUUAACUAUAUCGUAGGCUGCAAGGUCAAUCCAUCGCUGCCGUGUUGUUAUGAGCCAGAGCGCUUGCGUGACACUGCGGUAGAAACGAACGAUUAUGAUUAACGAACAAUAAAAACACCACUUGACAUCUUAAAGAUCCUUGCACACGAGCCGGAAUCCAAGUGUGUAGACCAUUGCUGGGAAAGAUUUUACUAACGUAUCAGUUAAAAUAAACUCGAUCUGUGCUGAAUUGGACACAAUUUCAAACCAGGUAAGUAUAUAUAAUAUCUCAAAAUGCCUUAAUUUUGCAGUAUAUCUCUCGGUAUUUUCUGCUCAAAACGUGUAUGACGACCUAAUUACUUUCCCCCGCCCCCCACUGAUUUUCAAACAAUUUUCACGGCGCUUUAAAUCGUGAGACAUUCGUGCGUGUGUAAAUAUUACAGGGCCAGAGAGCAAUCAAGACUUAUAAACAGCGGUUGGGUCACGCUAACCUAUUUCUUUGGCUCGUCGUUUGCUAUCUCGUUCGGGACUUGACAUACCCGCAAAUUACUCUAAGAUACGAGCGGCGCACGUGUUGCCACAAGAUUCCGACGCUAUCUCGUAUUCGCGUGAGACGACAAAUAUAGCGUGAUUAAACGCAUCCUGUUCAACUGAGAACUCACGAGAUCCUUGUUAAAGACGCGUUUAUACAUAUAUCCACUGGGCACCCUGGCUUGGAUUGCAUGUUCGCAAGUGGAUUUGUAAAUUCCGAUAGAAAACCCUUCCACGUUGCGCCGUUGCUGAGUCGAUACUUGGAGCGACUUGAACAGUUUCCAUCUCCGAAGAGAUUUCCAUCGCCCCAAAGUCGUUACAGUUCUUCGAACUCCUGCCUUAUCGCGAAAUUCCAGAGGACAUACAAGCAUUCGCUAUAAGAAGAUAAACAGAACACUCGAGAUUACGUGAAACCCGAAGACCUUUUGCUCUGCCGAGUUCACUGUUAAGCGGAUUGCAAGCCAUUUUGAGGCUAAAUUCUAUCCUGAUUCAAAAGCAGUUCGUGCACAGGUCUACAUUAACGGUAAUAAUUACCAUUAACUUUGUCGUAGAUACUGAAAUAAAAGAGGUUUACAAUUGAGUGAAAGGUUACACUCACGAAGGCGACAAUUAAGGUUAUAACACAAAAGUGUCCAAUAAUAAUAUACAAAGGAGGACUCUCAAACUCCAAGUAAAAGGCCAGUUAUCAAGAGAAGUGCUAAAAUUCUUUGCUGUAAGCACUUCGGUUCAAAGAGUCUUCAAGAGUGAAGUUGUCAUAAAAAGCGAAGCAAAGAUUUGCUCGUAGACUGCUUAACGAUAUAAGGAACAUAGUGACUUUGAGUAGAUCUCGAAUAUACAUGCACCAUGGCAGUUAAUUCGAUUGUGAUUCAAAAGCUUCGCGAGUUCCUCUUGUUUCUGCAGCUCUGUUGCAUUUUCGUGAUCGGGAAUACAAUCCUGCGUUUAUCCUACGCGCAACGGAUUACCUCGAGCAUUAUGGAGAAUGCAGCCGGAAUGGUUUUGCCCGAAGAGAUCUUCCGCAAUGCGCUGUUUACACGCGAGAUGAUGAAGGCGCUUUGGGAGGUGUACGUUUUGGACAUGAAGAAAUCCGCCUCGUAUGGUCAGAAGGCACCGGACCCAACGCUUGUCGAUCCAAACACGGGCGAAGAGAAGCAUUUAUCCAAAGCGCUGGACGUGCAGAAACUGCAAGUGCUUGCCUUUGGGAGUUACACUUGUCCAGUGUUUCGCCGAAGAUUCACAGAGCUGCAAGCAUUGGCAGAAGAGUUCCACCAAGUCGCCGAGUUUUCAGUGAUCUACAUCGACGAAGCUCAUCCUUCUGACGGUUGGGCGUUUAAGGACGAAGUUGAAAUAUCUAAGCACCAAAGCUUGGAGGAUCGUCUCAACGCAGCCCAACAAUUCUCCUCAGCGUAUUGCAAGCACUCGCCAAUACGAAUGUUCGCUGACUCGAUGAAGAACGAGGCGAGCACGAUGUAUGGCGUUGGUGCAAUCCGCUUGUACGUUCUUUACAACGAGACUGUUUUAUACGAAGGUGGAGUUGGCCCCACGUAUUACAACGUGGAGGAGGUGAAGCAAGCAAUCAAGACCAGAAACGAGUCGUGUGUUGUGGUAUGAUGCUGAUGGGAAACCUUUUUAUCUGAUAUUCUGCUCAGAUGUCAGGAAUACAAUGCAAGCACACCUUUCGUGGGACCUGAGCGUCUGUCAAUGCGAGGAUACUUGCUCGAAAGCUGCCAGGUCAAUGCAGCAUCCUGGGUUUACGAAUACAUUGGAAUGAAAUAACUAUACGUUAGAGCUUAUAUAACAAGUUGAACGUUUUAACAUUUAUAGUCUUUAUCAACAUAAACGUUCUUGUCUUUCUCGUUGGAACUUUUUAUUGUUGAAUGAAAAGUCUUCCAACGGAAAUUCACAACCCAUUAUAACCCGUAAUAGUUGGUAAAUGGCUAUCCGUAUAACUUUGUCGGGAAAAAUGCUUCCUUAUACACAGUCCUUAAACACUUAUAUGGCAAUUCCUUUCGAGGUAACAUCAUGUGGUAGCAUGCACCUUUCAAAAACAGAGAACUGUUAACGGUUGUCUAACUCUCGCUCUCCUAAUAUAUUCAUCCUAAUAGCUUAGCCCAUGCAUGCUCUGAGGCGGUUAUUUAGCAUAGCUACGUACUGCAGAGUGAAACGUGCAGUCCUUUAUUUCAAUUUGUUAAAGUAACCGUUGAUGGGUCUGUCCUCAUGGUUGAAAUUGCCUAUUGUGUUUGAGGGAACACUUAAGACGCACAUACGUAAUACACGCAAUGUUGAAGUUUGAGUGAAUACGCUGGUGACGUUUUAACAAUUUGUCACAAGAAUAUGUGUCCGCGCACUGCAAAGCGCUCGAUCGUUUGCCUCAAGAGCUGUCAACAUGUUGUUAAAACCUGUCAUCGUCCAGCGGUUCUCGCUGAAAUGUCUUCUGUGACAUAUAUACUACACACAGUUUCAUUAUUAGUGUUUGUAAGAUGAGAAAAUAUAAACCGACUACAAACAAAAAUAUUAAUACUUGGGUCGAUUUAAAAAAUCCCCAAAUAUAUUGUACAGGAAUAAAAAUGACUGUAAUAUAUGUAAAUAAAUACCACGCCAUAUACGUUUAUAGUGGUCGAAAUAAAUG